AUGACAGAUACGAAUCUGGGCAGCUUGGAAGAAUGGAAAAGCAUAACUUCGCAGAUUUCCAGCUUGUUAGAGGCGAAAUUUCAAAUAAAAGCUACGGUGGUUCCAAUUACAAAAAAUGAUAAUAUGAAUAAGAAAGUGGAUAAGAUUCUUGAGCUGUUGCAACAAGAGAAGCCAGUAGUGAUAGCGUCCAUUUCAAAUGGCAUACCGAAGGCCAUUUCCAUCGUUGAAAUAGUCAAACAGCAAAUGAAGAACAGAAGUUUGAAUAUAGCACAAUUCAACAAUCUCCAAAGUCAUUCUUCAUACACCAACCCAAAUAUAAAGUUUAGCAAAGAAAAAGAUGACGAAGAUGUGUCUACUGAAAUUAAGGGAAGAAAAGAGUAUAGUUUACCUGUGCUCCAUAUUUUGUUGGGUGGCAAGGAUAUGCAAGGGCCUCCAGAAUGGACUAAGCAAUAG